AUGCCAUCCUCGUUGACCGUUAUUGGAGUGCAAGGUCGCCGAGUCACCGUUCGUACGGGACUGUUCAUUCACAAUGAUUUCAUCUCUUCCGCAGCCAAUCAAACCCUGGGAGUCGAAAAUCCAUCCACCGGCGAGCAGCUGGGAACCAUCGCGGCCGCAGGUCGGGAGGACAUUGAUUACGCUGUCCAGUCUGCCAAAACCGGGUUUGAAACUUGGAAGACAGUCUCCGGUCCAGCCAAGGCUCGACUGCUGCUAAAGCUGGCGGACUUGAUUGAACGGGAUGCCCAGGACCUGGCAUCGCUCGAGGCGAUCGAUGCCGGCAUCCUCUACACAGACUCAAUGGCACUGAAUAUCCCCCAAUCCGUGGGUUGCCUGCGGUACUACGCCGGGUGGGCCGACAAGAUGGAUGGAAAGACGCUCGACAUGGAAGGAGGGAUUGCUUAUACCCAUCGUGAACCCAUUGGGGUCUGCGGGGCCAUCGUUCCGUGGAAUGCUCCUCUAAUGAUUACAAUCUGGAAGUUGGCACCAGCUCUGGCGGCCGGGAAUGUCCUCAUCAUCAAGUCCUCCGAGCUCUCGCCGCUCUAUGCCCAAAAGCUAGCGGAGUUGGUCAAAGAAACCGGCUUUCCGGCCGGAGUUGUAAACAUUGUCACCGGUGAUGGAGCGUCUGCCGGUCAAGCUCUGUCGGAGCAUAUGGAUGUUCGCAAGGUGGCGUUCACCGGCAGUGCUGUGGCCGGUCGGAAGAUCUUACAAGCUGCUUCUCGGACCAAUCUGAAGAAGGUGAGCCUGGAGCUAGGGGGCAAGGGACCGUCAAUUGUCUUUGAUGACUGCGAUCUCGAGAACGCGCUAUUGUGGACACGCGUUGGCAUUACCGCCAACAACGGCCAGAUCUGCGCCGCGGGGUCGCGUAUCUAUGUUCAGGCUGCCAUCUAUGACCGGUUCAUCGAGGCCUACAAGCAGGCGGCGGCAGGGGCACCGACAGUGGCCGGUGAUCCACUGGAUACGUCGACGACCAAGGGUCCCAUUGUGAGCCAUGCCCAGCACCAGAAGAUUCUGGAUUACAUUCGACAAGGCAAGCAGUCGGGCGCUAAACUGCUAUUUGGAGGCGAACGUAUCGGUGACAAGGGUUAUUUCGUGCAAAAUACCGCCUUUGCCGACGUUGCCGAUGAUGCAGCAAUCAUGCGCGAGGAGAUUUUCGGCCCUGUCGCAAGCAUUGCGAAAUUUUCCACCGAGGAAGAGGUCAUUGCCAAAGCCAAUGAUUCCCACCACGGCUUGAGUGCAGCUGUUUUCACUAACGACGUUAAUCGAGCUCACAGGGUCACCAAGUCUCUCGAGUCCGGCCAGGUGACCGUCAAUACGUGGGCGAUGCUGAGCCCGAAUGUGCCAUUUGGUGGUGUCAAAGAGAGCGGGUUUGGGAGAGACAUGGGUGAGGAGGCCCUCGAGGGAUGGACCACCGUCAAAGCGGUCAAAUACCAUAUCCUACCUCGACUCUGA